AUGUCCUCAGCUUUUGUAGAGUUUCCAUCUCACGGUCCAUACAACUCGAACGAACCCUUCGUUCACCCCAUAGACGCAUCCGAAGGUCGCAUCUUGCCAUCUUCCAACGGUACCAGUCGUCCCACCAGCCAUCGCAUCUCCCUCCCACCCCGAAAUACGUACCCGCGAGGCUCCGGGCCACCCCCCGUCGAGCCCGUACGGGGCAUCCCAACUCCUGCACCCAAUGCUCGCGGAGUGUCGGAAUUUGUAGACGACCCGGAGUAUAUGACAGUGGAACCUGCUCCUAUCUUGGAUGCGUCGAACGGUGACCACGGUGGGUAUAACGCAUACUAUGGGAGUCCGGCCGGUGAAUCCUCGAAUUCUCGCGGAAGCGGGGGACGAGGGAGGAGGUUUGUUGGUGGGUUUGUCGCGAACCUGAAGCGAUUACCUCGCGCUAUGGUUCGUAAUGUGGGCUGGGCUGCCAAGAUGCCACCAGAGAAACUUGGGCGAGACCACGAGCAGUGGGGCAGGCCUCGCGCGCAUGCUCAAUGGGCUACCCCGGCAACGGAGCAGGGCACUGUACCUCCGUAUGGGUCCCCAGCGGUUCAGGUAAUGGGAGAUAAUGUGUUAUAUGUCGAAGCACUCGACAUGCCUUCGGAACAUCCGGCGAUGCUUGCACCACCACCAUCGAGUUAUGCUCCUUCUCGUGGUGCGCAGCAUCUGUCGCCUCACCGUUUGGGCUCCCCUCGUCACACACAGUCACAGCGAUCUCCGUCUCACCUAUCCGUUAGCGGCGGACAGAUGUCUUCGUCGAGACGGAGUUCUACACGGAGGACGUCCAGGACAUCUGCACCAACGGUUCGCAAUCCUGAUCCUGAAUCCGACGCCGACCAAUCCGGUCCGAGUUCGUCCUCGGAAGGCAUACCUUCCCCUGGACAUCCCGCCCUAAAUAUCUCCCCUCCUCGCGAUCCCACGGGAGUCCACUUCGACAUCCGGAGAGAGCGUCCCUCGACCUCCCGCACCGGUUCGCGUCCUCGGGGCGACACUGGUAUCACAGCAGAACCCGAAACCCCCGUCCUCGUCGAACCGAAACCAGCCCCCGACUACGCCCGCAUGCAAUCCCCGAUCCAACCCCGCCCAGAACCGUCCUUCCCCUCCCAACUCGCCCGCAUCCAGAACUUCUUCCGGAAUGUGAACGAUCUGCCCUGGAUGUCGACGGAAAACGUGACGGUCGAUUUCGUCCCGAGGACAAGGGCGGGGCCUUCGAGGACGUGGUACGCCCCGAGGAGACAUGCGUCGGUCGAUUUGCUUGCGGGUCACGGUGGGGGAAGUGGCACACGGCUGUUGGUAAAUGCGUCUGGGCAGACGUUUGCGAUGCCGGGAGCCGCGUCGAGUGCGACGUUGAUGCAGGUGCCUUCGUCGUCGUUGGGGCACGGACAUGGAUAUGGUGGGCCGGCACCAUCUGCGUCUACACAAUUUGUGUAUCCUGCUCUGCCACACCCUCCACCGCCAAUGUUCAUGUAUCCUGCGCCAUUACAACCACAGCCGUCUUUUCAGAACAUCAACACGCCUCAGCGCACCGAUCCGGAUACAAGCCUCGGAACGACAGGGACAGGGACUGGUAGUGCAGCCCCGUCACAAGGAUAUCCAGUCUAUGUGGUCGCUUUGCCAUCUCAAAUACCUCUACAAGUCCCAGCGUAUCUCUCGCCUCUAACGAAUACUGUGCCGAUGCAUCCGAACCCGAACCCGAGCCCGAACCAUCCGGCCCCUCCUCAGCCUGCACACCUAUGAUCCUCGAAGUGUAAAUAUACUAUGUAUUCAUCUUCAGGCGGUUAUCGAUCUCGUGUAGUGUCCGCACCUCUCUUGGCUCUGAGCUACUAGGUCAUCGGUAACCAGGUACUCAGAAUAUGAGUGGUAUGUAGGAAUUGGGCUCAUAGGAGUUAUGUACGAUAUCC